AAUUGAAAAUCUCGUUGGUAUGUUGUGUGCGCACGGUUGGAAGUUUUCGGAUUUCCACUUAUUGGCGCCCCCACUCGCCCCGCUUAACACCAACGCCAGCGCAGUGAGGUUACAACCAACGACGAACUAACCAAACGGUCGGCCAGGCAGUCAACCAGCAACAACGGGCCACCCACCCACGGCGGGAGUUGGGUGUAUUUAGGAGAAGAUUGUUCAGUGUCCCGUAUUUCGUGUAGUGAGUGUAGCUGCAACAGCUUGCAGUAUAAGGACGACAUUAAAAACGCUAUUAACUUUUAGUUGAAUUAAAAGUAACGAGAAAAAUUGCAAAAAAAAAAAUCGUGAAUUACAGAAGUGCUUUGCAUGCGUAUGGAAAUGAAGUGAAAAAUAAGCAAAUUGCGAGUGCGAGUGCUAACAAAUAAAACGGACAGGAGCGCGCGUUGACUGGACAGUGGUGGUGCCGUAGUGUUGCAGUAGUAAGACAAAGCGUGUGGUGCAGAUUACUCGUAAAAAAAAGGACUAAGCACAGCUAGUGCGAGUAAAUUACAGAAAAUAAAUAAAUACAUACAUACAUACAUAAAUCGUAGGCAAAUUAGUAAAGUGAGUGAAAGCACUGGCGUACCUAUAAGUAAAAAACAAACAAAGUUUGUAUAAAAAUCCUCCAAAUAAUUGAAAAAAUUUAAGUGAAGAAAAAGUGAAGAAGCUAAUGUGAAGAAAAAUUUCCAGUCAAACGUGCGACGAGCGGAAGUAGGCAGGGGGUGGAAAAAGCAUUGUGGCGUACAAAGUGUAGUUGGUGUAGAGUAGUCACUUUUAAUUAAUAAAUCAUGGUAACCUCAGCUGGCAAAGGCGCAGAAAAGGCACCGUAGUGACAGCAGCUCCAUUAGCGGUUAUUAAAUGUCAAUGUGCAUGUGUCAAGCGUAAAACUCAAUUGAUUUGCAUUAAGUUAAGUAAAUACAUACUUGUCAAUUAAAAUAAUUGAGUAGUGUGAAAAAUGCUUUUGGAAGCAAAAAAUUAUUAUAAAGUGUAAAAUUAAUACGUACAUACAUACAUAAGUACGAAAAUGUGAAAAUUAAAAAAUUCUGCUGCAAUAGAAGGCCGCUUUAAAAAAGCAUGAAGCUAAGGCCAUUUGGGGACGUUAAAAUUUUGAAAAAUGUGUCGAUAAUCAUAAGAAAGUAAAAAAAAAACUAAAAAAAUCUAAAUUGUCUCUGUUGCAAAAAAAUAAAACUAAAACGGUGUGCAUCACAAAAGUGUCAACGAGUAAAUUCACUCAGUUAAUUCUACAUUUAAACUAAGAUGCAAUUAAAUUAUUCGAAUGCUGUAAGAAUCACCGGCUCUUCUGCCGCAACUCAUCGAAUGUGUCACUAAAUUCCCGUAAUUUGAAUUUGUUUACACACAAACCAACAAAUGUCAGUUGGAUAGAGAAGAACAAGCAUUAAUCAGCUGUUUGCAAGCGCAAAAGGGAAUGGGACCUAAGAAGCGUCUCAUCACUGCAGCUGCCGCUGCCGCCGCUGGUGUCACUUCCACUGAGCGUCAGCCACGUUCGUCGAACAACACAGCUGCAGCGAUAAAGAAACAACGUCCCACUGCGGGCAAAGCACACAGUUCCCCAGCGGGUCGCAAACCGGCUGCUGCUAGUAAUGUGACAACUGUGAAACGUUGUACAGCUGGUCGCACGCCUUCACCAGCUAAGAAGCAGCAAACAGCGGUUAACAAGGAACGUGAGAAGGAAAAGGAUAAAGUGAAAGGGAAGGAAGAAAAGUUGGAGCAAGUGGAAGGUAAAGAGUUGGAAAAGGUAGUCGCAAAACAAACCGUUGUAGCGGAAGACGUUGAGAUCCCGAAAAACAUCGACGAGUGUUCGAGUUUAGUAUCAAAGCCCAAAGAUCAAAGUGAACAUUUCACGGAUUCGGUCAACGAGUCGACUCCCGCGCCCGCGCCCGCGACUAACCGUAAACCAACAAAACGCACACCCUCACGGGAGAAUGUGAAAAAAUCGAACGCUUCCGAGACGAAAGAAAAGUCUUCCGGCAGCUCCUACAAGAAAAUUGAAUUGGAGAAGCACAAGGCGGAUUCAGAACCGCCUACGAGCACUUCCGCCUCAUCUUCCGUCGGUGGCAGUAAGCAGAAAGCCGAGGAACGCAAAGAUGGCAAGACCAAAGCUAUAAGUAAGAUGCUUAAAAGUCUCGAUAUACAAAUAACCGGUUUCGAUAAUAUACUGCCAAGCGAAGAACGCAUUCAAGAUACGCUCAAGUCCUCUAUUUCGGAGAAUGUGAAAACAAAGUCACGCGCAGCUGCGGUCAAGGUGAUAGCGAGUUUGAAUCCGCCAAAGUCGAAUAUAGCGCGUAUUAAAGCGCGACAGGAAGACGAGAGAAGGGAGAAAGAAAAGGAAAAGGAGAAGAGUAACGAAAGAGAAAAGGAGAAAGAAAAAGAGAAAAGUAACGAAAGGGAAAAGGAGAAAGAAAAAGAAAAAGAGAAGAGUGAGGAAAAGGAAAAGGAGAAAGUAAAGGAUAAAGAGAUAGAAAAAGAUAAGGAAAAGGAGCCAGAAAAGGAUAAUCCUCCGUACAAGGAAACAGAUAAAGAGCUUGAAACUUCAUCGCAUUCUAAAGAGGAGACAAGCGCACCAACAAAAGAAUCUCGAGACUCACAAGAAGAAACCCAAAAAUCAAAAGAAUCUCCGACGAACUCUUGCAGUGAGUUUGAGGCUUCGAAACGUAACGAAUCUCAAGAGCCUCUCAGUGAUACGACUACAAAUGCUUUAGCCAAAAUGGCGCCCAAGAAGAAGGUAACGGCCAAGCGUGCCAAUAAAGCCGAAGCCAAUCAGAAGAAUAAAAAAGCCGCAGGACAAAAAUCGAAGGAUGAUAGUUCUAAAAUGCAAACGGCGGCUACAAAGCCCACAAAUGCCGCCGAAGUAGGCACACCAUUAAAGAAACGGCUACUCAAAUCAAAACUUAUAAAGAAAGAUGACGAAGAGAAGAAUAAAGAAGAAGCAAUCACGCCAACUGGAGAUAAGUCAGACACACAGUGCAAAGCAGUGGAACCACCCGAGCCACCGGACAAGGGUGUCCAAGAAGAGAAGGCUGCAAAGACGCCUAAAAAGACGCCAUCGCCGAAGAAAGUCAAGAUGAACCCAAAGAACACAGACAAGUGCAAUAUCCAGGAACCUGAGAAGGCGGCUGAUGAACAGCCAGAACUUUUGGAAAUGGAAGAGACAUUAAGAAUAGUAUUAGAUGCCAAUACAGAGGUAGUGCAAAUGGAUCUAGAAGAAAUGCCGGUAUGUGCAAAAGCUCCAAAAGAAGUGGAGCUCAAAAUGGAGAAGACGAAUGAGGUGCAGCCAAAGGUGGAUGCUGAUGCGAAACCGCAGUCGUUAAAGCAAGAAGAAGCGACAGAGAAUGCCACGACCUCGGCCACAGCCUCACAACUGGUUGAGAAGAGGCAAACUUCGAAUAUUAAGCAGCGAUUACAAAGCAAAUACAAGGUGGCGCCAAUCAAGGCCAGCGCAGCUAAAAUAGUUGGCAAAAAAUCUAAAUUUGCACAAAAGCUGGUGAGCGACAAGGUUGCCAAAACAGCAUCAAAAGACAUAUAUGACUUUAGAUCAGGUUCUGAGGAAGAAGAUAACAUUAAAAUGGUGUUGCCCACGUUGAAAAACCUACGCGAGUUUGCUGAUGAAGAAAAUAAAGCGAAGUCGGCCAAGGAAGCUUUAAAGAGCAAGCAGACGUGUGUCGUCGCAGAUGAAAAGGAAGAAAAGAGCUCGGAAAUGCUUGAAGAAAAAGAUAUACCAAUCAAAAAGCCAAUGGAAGGGCCUAAAAAGAACUUGGAAUGCGCGGACGUUGAAGAAAAGGAUGAGGACGUUGAAAAUAAAGAUGUUGUAGAAGGCGAAACUAAGAAGGAUACAGAGCUGAACCCAAAGUCUGCGGCUAAAGCAAAGAAGAUCUCCAAGCCGAAAGUGACGCGAAAAGUUUACAAGAAGAAACCAUUAAUUACGAAGAAAGUGCUUAAAGUAGUCAAAGGGAAAUUAUUGCAGAAGGCAACUAAACCGAAAGCCAAAACCACCAAAAAGGUGCAAAGGGAAUCUUCAAGUGCCAGCAGUGAUUCCGAAGAUGAGAAAAAGUUGAUUGAUUUUGGCCCCAAACGACACCGCAUGGCAUCAUUGAACGCGCUAGCCAAAGUGCAGUGUCUCUACGAGAACGAAUCGCGCACGGCCUACGAGUUGGGCCUGUCCAAGGCGACUCAGUUGCCGCCGAAAAUUCGUACUGUUGAUGGCAGUGACGAGGAGAAGGACAAGGAAAAGGAAAUCGAUGAAAAAGUUAAAGCGACGAAAGAGAAGAAAACAGAAGACGCUGCAAAGGUGGAGGAGUUGCAAAAAGCAGAGUCCGAAGACGAACCACCGGAGGUGGAACCGAAGCGCGAACUGCGCCAUGUGCCAGGCGGACGUGGGCUGGGUAAGCAUUGGGAGUUCGAGGAGAGCGGCGACAGUGAGGACGAGGAAAUCGACAAGAUGAAGCUUAAGCGUAAGAAGCUACAGAAAAAGUUGGCAAACAAAAAAGAAAAAGAAGCAGAAAAGCUGAGAGAGAAGGAAAAGGAAAGAGAAAAGAAAGACGACGAGGCAUCGGGUAGCAAGACUGGCAAGGCAAAAGAAGCCAAAGACGGCGCGAAAGAAAAAGUCCCUAUCAAAGUAAAACGCAAGUACACGAAGAUUAAGAAGCCACUCAAAAAGUUAGUUAAAUUAAAAACUGAAAGCUCUGAUGGUGGCGAAAACUCAGAGGCAAGCGAUAAAGAAGACAAAACUCAAGAGAAGGAAAAGUCGAAAGCACACAAAGCCAAGUUGGAGGCACGCAAGCCGCCAAAGAAGCGCAAGCGUAUGCUGCGUGAGGAACUAAUCGGCGAUUAUAAGGGCAUCUUGGCACGCAAACGCAUGGCUAGCCUGAAUGCCAGCGCUAUAGUAGCUGCCACAUAUGAGGUUGAGCGUCACCUGGACAAGAAUUUGGCUUACGGCAGCUAUGAGAGCUCCGAUGGCGAAGAGAAAACAUCCACACCAGCCAAGAAAUCCAAGGAUGUGGCGAAAGAGACCAAGAAAGCAGCUGCAGCCAUGACAGUAACCGAAGGGCCAUCAGUCACAAAAGAGACCGUUGAAGCCACAACAAAUACCACAGCUACAGCCAAUAGUUCGAAUGCGUCUACUGCAAGCGGUACAGCUAGGGAGUCGCGACCGCUGAAUAUAAACGAGGAGAGCAACGACUCAAAGUACUCGAAGGAAACCAAAGAGACCAACACAGACACAACAACUACGGCUGGUUUUCGUGACUCGGGUAGCACAAAGGACGCAAAGGACUCCAGUCGGCCGACCUCGUCGAGUGUUGUCAUUGUUCAGGACACAGACGUCACCAUAACGGGUGUAUACGUCAACUCUACAACUGGCUCAAGUCAGGAGGCCUACUGCAAGAUGCAAUAUCGCGUACAAUCGAGCGUCACCGAGGAACGAGUGCUGCGUCCCAGUUCAGUGGACCCACCAAAGUCCUAUACGCCAUUGAGCGCGCUCUCGAGCAUGCUGCCGCCGGGCGCAUCAUCAGGCGCAAGUGGAGGAAUGGGCGAAGCGCAAGGCUCACCCCCACCACUGCCACCGCCCACUGCAGUCAGCACCGCCCUGCCGGACGCGCUCAGCGCUGCUAGCAUCUACCACGCCAACGACUUGGGUCUGCAUCCGGAACAUGGCGCACCGGAACAUGGUCCGCCGCCACCCUCAUACGCUGCCGCGGCCGCAGCCGCUGCUGCCGCCUACCAUGCACAUCACAUGUCGCCAGCCGCCGCCGCGGUCGCUGCCGCCGGCAUGCACGUACACCAUCAACAUCAGUAUGCGCACGCACACGCGCAUCAAUAUCCCCCAAUGGGCAGUGAACACGGCAUACAUGGCGGACUGCCGUCCCCACACACAGCCGCAGGCCCACCGCCACCGCCGCCGCAUCACUAUCAAGCACCGCCACACUAUGGGCCGCCGCCACCACCGCCGCCCACAUCGAGCGUAGUGGGUGCGGGACGCUGUGAAGUUGUAUCACCGCCGCCAACCUAUCGUUCCAGCGUCUAUGCGCCGCUAACUGGGCCGCCUCAAUCACAGGCGCCUAGUGGCCUGCUGCCACCGCCACAUUCCUCGCUCUCAAUGACAGCGGGUGGUGGCUCGAGCGCUUUCUGUGCGCCCAAUCUACAUCAUCAGCAAGCACAGCAUCAACAUCACCAACAACAACAACAACAUCAUCAGCAGCAACAAGCAGGUCAACAACAGGACGCAAGUGGCUAUUACCAACCUGCCGGUCCAUUGAUCUCACCACACGUUCUACCGCCCUUAGCCGCCGCACCACCGCCGCCUCCUAAUGUGCCACUUUUGGCUGCAGGUGCUGUCUCCGCUUCCGCCGCCGCUGGCUCAUCCAUUAAGAAGUCACAACAAAUACCUGCGCCGCUUAGCUCCGAUCCGGAGCUCGCAGCCGCGGCCCAACAACAGCCACCAUCGUCGGCCACCGCCGCAGAUAACAGCGCAGACAGUGAUGUUCUCAUCACUGGCGGCGACUUGACACCUUUCCGCUAUCCGCCGGUCGCACAUAGCGGCGCGCCAACCACCACACAGCACCAGCAGGUGCAGCAGCAACAGCAGCAUCAACAACAGCUUCAUCAGCAAGCUGCCGCCGCUGCUGCCGCAGCUGCUGCUGCUGCGGCCGCCGCCGCACAUCAAAGUUCACCAUAUCCACGCUCGAUGCAUGCACAGAUGCACUACUCGACAGCGUAUCCGGCCAACUAUUGUACACCAUAUCCGGUGGAAGCGGUUUGCUAUUCGCCGCCCGCCUAUCAGCCCUACUUUUCGACCAAAGUUUAUCAGAGCGCGGGACCGCCCCCACCACCACCCUCUACAUACCGACGCUACCCUUACUAUCAACCUGGUCAUCCGGCGCCGCCACCGGCCGAAUUGUACGAACAGGGACCGCCACCACCACCGCCGACGGCGUCUGGUGGUGCUGGCCAAGCGACUGGACCGCCGCCACCACCAACGUCCAUACAGGGACCACCACCAACAGCACCGCCCCCCGGAACACAGCUCGUGCCGGCUGGACCGGCAGCACACGCACAACACCUCGAGCACUAUCCAGGUCCUCCGGGCUACUACACUGGCUAUAGUCCGGGCGGCAGCGCGGCGGGUCAGUGUUAUACGCGCAGCAUACAGGGACCGUAUAUGGAAUAUCCACCACAGUGUCCGUGUCCCAUGCAACAAUCGUGUCCAAAAAACGUCCAUACUGGGCCUCAUAUUGGUAGCAACAACGUCAGCAACAGCAACAGCAUCGGCAACAGCAGCUCGUUCAGCAACAACAGCAACAGCAACAGCUGUUCAGCGAUGAGUCAUUUGAGCAACAACAGCAGCAAUAUGCUGAUGAAUGGCAGCAACAACAACAACAGCAGCAGCAGGGAAAUCAACAGCAGCAGCGACAACAACAAGAGUUCGAUUACGACGAACAGCCAGCACAACAGCAGCAGCUCGAUGAACAAUUCAUUGACUACCAGUAGAGGCCCAGUUAAAAAAUCGACGACGACGACGACAACAUUGACAACAACAGCAACAAUCACUAGCGCGCCAAUAACAGCAACAGCUGUAGCGCUCACGGCCACGGCAACUACGCCAACCCAAAUCGACGAGCUGCUGCUCUUUGGCAAGCAACAGUCGCAGCAGCAUUUAGAUCUGCUGCAGGCGGUGAAAUCCGAGCUGAAGCUAGAAGACUCGGAUAACAAAAGCCAGUACGAGGAGAGCGUAGUGCAGCCGCCGACACCGCCCGAGAGCUACACCACCAACGACGAAAAGUUGUUAGACACCCUUACCGAACACGAGUUGUCGUCGGCGUCGCUGCCGGCGACAAUUGAAGAGGCUAACGCGAAGCUGCACUUUGAAUGCGGCAAAAAAAGAGAUAAUAAGUUGAUGGAGGACGAGAGUAGUCGACAACGACCAAUAGCGCGAUUUGCCGCCAUCGGCAAUCGAACGAACGCAGCACAGCCAAUACUAGAAGCCUACGACUUGACAACAGCCGCGACGGUGACACCACCGCCCUCAACGCCGACCUCGGCAGCAACAACCAACGGCGGUAAUCGCAACGGUGGUAGCGUCAGUGCUAACUCCACCAGCAGCACAGCCAACUCUGCCGCGCUGCCGUUCGUAGGACGCAAGGCGCGCAUUGGCAAAACGAUGGCGCGUGAAAUGGUGUACGCAGGUGCGGCCGCUAGCGUGGCAGCGCAGACGCAGAGCAGUUCGCAGGUGCCAUCGACGCCAUUAAUACAAGUGCGUACACUGCCACAGCAGUCAAGUGUGGUGAAGCAGUCCCAACAGCAGCAGCAGCUGCAAGCUCAACAAACUCAGCAGCAAAAACAGCAGCAGCAGCAGGCGCAGGCACAGUUGACUGUGUUGCAGCCUGAGCAGCUGUUGGCUGCCAUCACACCCAGUCCUUCACCACAAGUGCCAGCGACGCUAAGCGAGUGCUUUCCAGGGAUGACGGGCACGGCAGUAUUACAGUCGCCACUGCAGACGCCCUUUCUGAUUAAGACGGAAAUAAAGGCGGAAAAAAUUAAGCUGGAAGACGAAGAGCCGCUGCUGAGCGCAGUGUUGCAGCUGCAACAACAGCAAGAAUCCAGCUACAGUCAUGACAGGGACGGCGAGAAAGCCGAGUUGAAGCUUAUUAAAGCAGAGCCUCUAACGUCGGCCUGCGAAGAAGUGGCGGCUGUCGUAAAUGAUGCCGCUGCUAAUGCGACACUAAAACCGUUAGGUCGCAUGCGCCUCUUGCCCAGCUGGCAGCAGCCACCAAUUAUACAAUGCGACAUUGACCUCUCCACGACCUCAGACGACGAUGUGCUCGAUCUCUGCCACAGCCCGACCACAUCCACAUCGGGCGGCAGUGGCCAAAAGUCACGCCUUAAGAUACUUAACCUACCCAAGAUUCAGCAACAGUGCAAGAAAUCGUCUCCAAAUGGCUACAAAAGUCUCAUCAAACAAACCGAACCACGCACUUACUUGUGCCUCAGCGGGCGCAAGCUGGACAAACGGGGUCGCUAUAGCAAGCUACAAAUACGACAAGCGGGCAAGGUAGGCAGCGUCGGCGGUACGAUACGACGACGUCAGCUAGUGCUCACCGAUCAACAGAAGAAGCAGCUGAAGCUGCGCAAGAAGAAGCUACAAGCGCUGGAGCGCCGCAAGCAGGAAUUGUUGGAGAAGCGACGCGCGGCAGCCAAGCAAGAGCGCAUGCAACGCAGGAAGUUGCUGAAGAAAUCGAUGGUCGCAAGAGGCAUAAAACAGGAGGAAAUCGAGCCGAGCGUUGAGGAGAUCGUCGACUUGGUGGACGAACCAGACCAGACCGAAAGCGAAUUCAGCGAAGUAACACAGCCGGAAAUGCCAAGCUUGCGCAUGCUGCUGUCGGAGAGCAGUAGUCUCAGCAGCAGCAGCAGCGGUAACUGCAACAGCAAUAGUAACAGCAAUAGCAACAGUAAUAGCAAUAGCAGUAGCAGCAUGAGCACACUCAGGAUUACACCUAAACCUUCGCCCAAACGUGGCAAGGUGCCACGUAAAACCUGUAUACCACUGCACCUGCUCGAAACAAUCGACUCGGUGGCGCGUGGUUACUUCUCAGAACCUGAAACGUCACGUUGCAGCGGCGCGUUGAAUACGUACGCGAGCUGUGAUGCAACUGACACGGAACCACCCAUGGAUAAGUCGGCAUCUGGGCGCAAGCCGAAGAAAGAGAAGAAAGCGAGUGCUGAAAAACGCUCAAAGUCUGAAACGAAGAAACCUAUCAAGAGCGCUGAUGCAUCCAGCGCUGCAUGCGAAGUUACUGAUGUCGAAUACACGCUUGCGGUGGCGUAUGCCACGAAAACUACCUCAGCAGUAGCAGCAUCUGCGUCCGAAGCAUACGAAAUAGUGUCCAAGACACCUUUGGAUUUGUCCCAGUACACAGCAGCAGAGCAGGUCGAGCUAACAGGGAUUGUUAACAGCUACGGUUCCAGCAGCAAAUCCGCGAACAAAUCAAAGCGUACGCCGGCUAAGCGAAAAACCGCUAAGGCGAAGAGGCCAAAAAAACAGGGCGCAAGCAAGAAGAAAGCCAACGUGAAAGUAAGACAACAAGCCAGCGAAUUUGACACGCCUGCUGCGCAGAUGGCUGUGACAGAACAGCUCGGUUUGGAAACCAAUAACAAUGAGUAUGACAAAUGCAGCGCUGAAGAUGCGGUGCUCGAACUAGCCGACCGACAAGCACAAUUCGAAGUAGAAGCAGCGGACGAAGAGAUGUCAGCGUGCACGUUAUACGACAAAGCAGAACAGCAGCAACAGCAACAGCAACACUAUGCGCAGCCCCUCGAGAAACAUUCCAAUGCACAAGUGUUCUUGCCGCCAGUGCCGCCGAUGCCGCGCAUUGUUUGCCAGCCACAUCACGGCGCCAAGCGCACGCGUUCACGCUCCAAAUUCGGUAGCCGCAAGCGGCAGAAGGUGAAACAUUCCACGGUCUCGUUCGAAUUGGACGAUCGACUGCCGCCAGCGACGCGCGUCGAUGUGGUGCCAAAAUGGAAUAACGGGUGGACGUGGGAGGGUGAACCAUUCCAGGGCGCGGUAUUCUUGAAUAGCGACGAUCCACUGGUCAUUCGCACCUGUUAUCCCGCCAUGCGGCACUCGGAGGGCGACAUAAUACGCACGCGCGACUGCGUGCUGCUCAAAGCGAACGAGGACAAUGACUUGCCGUAUGUGGCGAAAGUGGCGCAUAUCUGGGAGAACCCCGAGGAUGGCGAAAUGAUGAUCUCUUUGCUGUGGUACUACCGCCCCGAACAUACCGAACAGGGCCGCCAGCCCAACGACAGUCCCGACGAGGUAUACGCGUCCAGACAUCGCGAUCACAACUCCGUUGCUUGCAUUGAGGACAAGUGCUAUGUGCUCACUUUUAGCGAGUAUUGCAGAUAUCGCCGUCGCUUGCGUGCUGCCGAAGAAGAUAUCGAAGAGGAAGUCUCCAUUGUGCCGAAACGAUCCAGUUGUUAUAGCAUACGCACGGUGCCUGACAACACCAAUCCCGAACUGGUGAUGUUCUGUCGGCGCGCGUAUGAGUUUCGCACGAGGCGACUGCUGAAGAUGCCCAACAAGCAGGACUACAUUGUCGUGAACGGCUAAGCGGGCUGCAAUGAGUGUGAUGAAAACACGCAAGGAGAAAAAGGACAGUAAGUGAAUGCAAAGCGCGCCACCACUGCAGUUACAAGUGAGGUUAAGUGCGUUUAGCAACAAAAAAAAUCACUGAAGUU